UCUCAUCUGAAAAUUCACAAUCACAACAAAUUUAUCUCUCUAUCUCUCUCUCUCUCUCUCCAAUGGCGGCUUCAUCUCUGGUUCAGUCUUCCAUCUUCAUUCGCCAUUCUCAAACCAAAUCAAAAUCACAAACCUCAAGAUCCAGCAAACAUUUCCUACAAAUCAAAGCUACAACCUCAUCCGAUUCAUCUCUAUCCACCGAUAUUUCCACCUCACCCCCAUCCAUCAAACACCGUCGCCCCGCCGACGAGAACAUUCGUGAAGAAGCUAGACGACAGGUAUCCAACAACAACCCUCAUGGAUUUUCCGCCAAGUACGUCCCUUUCAACGCCGGUCCAGAUUCAACUGAAUCUUAUUCUCUCGACGAGAUUGUUUACCGUAGCCGUUCCGGUGGAUUGCUUGAUGUUGAACACGAUAUGGAAGCACUGAAGAAGUACGAUGGUCAGUAUUGGAAAUCACUAUUCGAUUCUCGCGUUGGUAAAACUACUUGGCCGUAUGGAUCCGGCGUUUGGUCUAAGAAGGAAUGGGUUUUACCGGAAAUCGAUUCGGAUGAUAUCGUUAGCGCGUUUGAAGGUAAUUCGAAUUUGUUUUGGGCUGAGAGAUAUGGAAAACAGUAUUUAGGUAUGAAUGAUUUGUGGGUUAAGCAUUGUGGUAUUAGUCAUACUGGUAGUUUUAAAGAUUUGGGAAUGACUGUUUUAGUUAGUCAAGUUAAUCGUCUUCGUAAGAUGAACCGUCCUGUCGUCGGAGUUGGAUGUGCUUCCACCGGUGAUACCUCAGCUGCACUAUCAGCUUACUGCGCCUCCGCCGGAAUCCCAUCAAUCGUUUUCCUCCCAGCUAAUCGGAUCUCUCUCGCACAACUUGUUCAACCUAUUGCAAACGGGGCUUUCGUGUUGAGUAUCGAUACUGAUUUCGAUGGUUGUAUGCAAUUGAUCAGGGAAGUCACAGCUGAAUUGCCAAUUUAUCUAGCGAACUCGUUAAACAGCUUGAGGCUAGAGGGUCAGAAGACUGCUGCCAUUGAAAUCCUGCAACAAUUCAACUGGGAAGUACCGAAUUGGGUGAUAAUUCCAGGUGGUAAUCUUGGUAACAUUUACGCAUUCUACAAAGGGUUUCAAAUGUGCAAAGAGUUGGGUCUAGUAGACAGGAUCCCACGUCUGGUUUGCGCCCAAGCUGCUAACGCGAACCCGUUGUACCUCCAUUACAAAUCCGGUUGGAAGGACUUCAAGGCUGUGAAAGCUGGCACAACCUUUGCAUCGGCUAUUCAGAUUGGAGACCCGGUUUCAAUUGACAGAGCUGUAUUUGCGAUCAAGAACUCGGAUGGGAUAGUGGAGGAAGCGACUGAGGAAGAGUUGAUGGAUGCAAUGGCUCAAGCUGAUUCAACGGGUAUGUUUAUUUGCCCACAUACUGGUGUUGCUUUGAGUGCUUUGACUAAGCUGAGAAACAGUGGAGUUAUUAAACCGACUGAUCGGACUGUGGUGGUGAGCACUGCACAUGGAUUGAAGUUUGCUCAGUCUAAGAUUGCUUAUCAUUCGAAGGAGAUUGGAGAUAUGGCUUGUAGAUAUGCUAAUCCGCCUGUUCAAGUGAAUGCUGAUUUUGGGUCGGUGAUGGAUGUUCUGAAGACGUACUUGCACAAGAACAAAGGAGUAGGAGGAGGAGGUUCUAAUUUCUAAUCUCUUUAAACUUCUUCUUUCAAAUCUGCAUUUUGUUGUGAGGAGUUUCUUCUUUGUAUAACUUUGGAAUUUCUUAGGAAUUUUAAAUUGGGUUUUUUACUAUAUGGGUUUGACUUUCAACAAAAUGUUGUUUUUUUCAACUUUUGAAUAAAAACCUUGGCUUUUUUUGCAA